GGUUGGCAGAUGAACAAGAAGAUUGAUCAAGAUAUCGCCAUAUAAUAGAUACAGGCGUAUAUGUAGUCGUUUACGUUUUCGUAACACUAUGUACUUGUACAACUUUUUGUGAUUUCAAUUUCUACUUGUAUUUAAGUACUUACUCUACACUCACUUACGCUACAUAUUCGUGUCGUUUUUCAGUUUCUGUAACAACUCACGUAGUAGGGACAAGAAGCAAAACCCUCAAGAUGGACACGAAUGUUGAAUUUUACGCAAAUCGGAACUCCGAUAAUAGCGCGAGUUGGAAUCCGAGUUCUGAAAGAAUCGGCGAGGGGAAGUACAAAUAUGUGCAGAAGGGACAUUACGAUAAUGGGAACGAGUGCGCUGUCAAAUUUCUGAAAUCCGGGACUACGUUCUCAAGCACGUGCUUCCUUGAUGACGUGAAGAAUGCGGAGGCGGCUCUCCCCUAUAUUUCGAAGUUUCACGAUUAUGUUCGACAAGCCUUUCCAAGUCACGCAGGACACAUUGCGAUAAAGCUGAAUAUGCCGGCGGUGUGGUCCCAGUCGACCGAAGGGACGAACUUCGGACAAAACUGCCUCGUGGAGCCGUUUGUUCCGAAUUUCCAGAAAUUUAACUCGAACUCGGGCGCUGCCGACGCAACUGCGGCCGUUGCGCAAGCUCUGAGUCACUUCUCCUACCACGUGUCGGAUGGCAGAGAACUCGUUUGCGACUUGCAGGGCGGUCGAGAUGGAAGGAAUUACGUUCUUUCCGAUGUCGUUAUCAUGAGCGCCGACAAGAAGUACGGCAAUACGGAUCUCGGUCUGCCGGGAAUCGAAAACUUCUGUGCGAAUCACGUCUGCGGGCCGUUUUGCAGUUCUCACUGGAAUAUCAAAUGCAAAAAUGUCUGGGUCUGGAAGGUUGGAACUUGUGAUGCUAACUUCGGACUCUAAGAAACUCUGUAUUGCAUGACCAGCAAGAGACGUCUAGUUUGUGCUACGCGGGGAGGGCGUUUGUCAUGCGGAGUAGGCAUCAGGAAGCCCUCUAAAAAGCUGUGACGCUAGGGCGUGCAUUAUAGACGUCCCGGGUCAUGCAAAACAUGCAUCACAAGUCUCAGAAUCUUCCAGACCCAGACACUUUUGCACUUGAUAUGGAAGACCUGGAGUAACGCCAAGCGUCGGUACCAGCCGGUAAUGUCGACCACCAUCACGCUCGAUGUCGCUAGCAUCCCGACUCCGCUGUCCAAUCGCGAAUAUCAGCGCGUUUUCGCCUCCGACAUCAUGUUUACGCAGAGCAGCAUCAAGAAUCAGGUAUCAAGCUGCGAUAAGGUCAUGUAUGAAAAGUGAAUUAAACCCCCAAGUAACGCACGCAAAUGAAACAUUGAGCAGCGACUCAUAAUUGUGGCACAUCUACAUGCAUUUGCAUAACUCAAGUGCGUGGAUGAAAAUGUACUUAUAUGAAAACCAAAGACCACCAAAAAUCAUUCUCAGUUUCAAGACGGGAAGACGCUGCUGCAGACCGCGAAAGAGCUGGCGCGUCAGGAUAUCAAAAAGUCUGACAUACCGAUGAUUACGGUUGUGCGGGUAAAUGGGACAGUGCUUCGUUCCUUGGACAACCGGCGCCUCGCGGUUUUUCGACUUUUGGAGAUGGCCAACAAAAUUCACAAAAUUAAGGUGGAGGUGGUUCCAUUGGAGCGCGUCCGAGAAGAGUUCAACAGGAAGUGGGACGGUGGAAGCGGCGACAGUAUCCAAGUGCGCCAGGGCAACUAUGUCAUUGGGAGAACCGAACUGAGCACCAACUUUCCCGGCUUAGCGGAAAUCAAAAACACGUACCCGAGCGAGCAACCAACGGACGCAGCCCUCACCAUCUUCCUCGGGACUCUUACCGACGAGUAGAUGCGACGGCAGUCGUGUUCUUCUACUUGUAAUAAGUCUUUUUUUUUCCUUCAUGAGGAAACUCAUCCAAGACUGCACCUCUGUCCGUCAAUGAACGCCGUCAGAAAAAGCGAUCACUUUGGAGGAGCAUUCCAACUACCUAAGUUCUAUGAAUUCUUCUUUUUUCAGAGUGGUGCUGUACAAGGGGAAGACGACCUCAUUCAUUUAGUCCUUAAACCAUCGCUCGCAAGGGAAAGCGCAGCCUUUUCGUCGUCAUCCCAAGCAACAUUCCUCAUUCGUGACUAAGAACGAGAACUGGAAUAGAUUGGUUCCGUUCAACUCUAACUCAUUCCAUUCUGAAGCGCAUUGCAAUGCUAUCAAAGACCGCUUUCCCUCUCCUCACAUUCCACCAUCGCAACGUUAUUAACGUCUUUUCAACGAUAUUGACGCAGACAGACCGCCUUAUGAACUUUUGUACGCGGUGUUGUUGAUUUCGGGCCUCAU